CUCUGAAUCCCAACAUCAAGCCAAAGAAAAUCCAUCAAAAACCAUAAGUCGAAGAGCAAAAAUCUUUUACUCCAAAAAAAAUUAAAAGAAAAAAUGGGUGCUAACUACUCAACUACUUUGCAUGAAGCUCAUAAUAUGCCAACCACACCACAAUUCAAGAAGUCUCAAGUCAUUGCUUUCCACUCUUCAACAAAAUGGAAGCUCCAUUUUGAUUCUUUGAAAGAUGCAAACAAAUUGGUUGUUAUUGACUUCACAGCUACAUGGUGUGGUCCUUGCAAAUAUAUGGAACCAGUUCUUAAUGACUUUGCUGCUAAAUAUACAGAUGUUGAGUUUGUCAAGAUUGAUGUUGAUGAAUUGGAUGAUGUAGCUCAGGAAUAUGGGGUUCAAUCGAUGCCAACGUUCGUGUUGAUGAGGAAAGGGAAGGUUGUUGACAAGAUUGUGGGAGCAGAUAAAGAUGGACUAAAGAUGAAAAUUGAGAAACACAAAGCUAUGUUCAUAUAAGCAAAUUAAACCAAAGUGUGCAACAAAUGUUUGAGCAGAGUUGUAGAAUAAAAAUUCAUAUCUUUUAUCACAUUUUGAUUGAAAUAACUUAGCUUAUGUAACUCAUCUAUAGUUCUUGCUCACUUAUUAUUGUAAACUUCAUUAAGGAGGCUGAU